AUGGAGGAAGACAACGAUCGGCCUAGAAAGCUUCCAAAGCUUGAUCACGACGAGUCUCAGGAUUCCGAACCCAGAAUGACCGGUGCGCUGCAGGUCACGGAUAAUGCUUCUACAGCUGCUACGGCUGGCACAGACAAUGCCGACAAUGAGCAACCUACCAUGACAUCCGAGAAUGAUAAUACCCACGGCGCCGCCGACAGCACUACAGCCCCCACCACCGAAGAUGGAGCGCCCAAGAUCUCCAAGCGCGAGAUGAAGCGCCAACGCCGCCGCGAACAAUGGGACCAGCAGCGCGACCAGCGGCUCGCAAAGCGCAAAAAAACUGCACAGGCGCGCAAAGAGCGCCGGCGCGCAGCCUUCGAACAAGCGCGGCUGGACGGCACAGAAGCCGAACUCAAGAAGCAAUACGAACGGACUCAGGAACGCUUCCGGAAGUCGACGCUGCUUCCGGUUACAUUAGUGAUUGACUGCGGAUACGACGAAUUGAUGUUGGAGAAGGAGCGAAUUUCACUGGGGUCGCAGAUCACGCGGUCGUACUCGGACAACAGUCGGUCGGUGUAUCGGUCGCACUUGGUGUUUUCGUCGUUCAAUAAGAAGCUGAAGGAGCGGUUUGAUACGAAGUUGAAUAAGCAUUAUUUGAACUGGAAGGGGGUUAGGAUCCUGCCGGAUGAUUUUGCCCAGGUGGCUGAGAAGGCGAAGGAGUGGAUGGUUGUUCCUGACGGGGGUAAGAUGGAGGGGAUGUUUGCGGAUAAAACGGAUAUGAAGCCUGAGGAUGGGGAGGUGAUUUAUCUGAGCAGUGAUAGUCCCAAUACGUUGACGGAGUUGAAGCCGUUCAGUACGUAUAUUAUUGGGGGCCUGGUGGAUAAGAAUCGGCACAAGGCGAUUUGCUAUAAGCAGGCUGUGGAGAAAGGAAUCAAGACGGCCAAGUUGCCUAUUGGGGACUAUAUACAGAUGGCGUCCAGACAGGUGCUGGCUACGAAUCAUGUCGUGGAGAUUAUGCUCAAGUGGUUGGAGCUGGGAGAUUGGGGCAAGGCGUUCCUUGCUGUUAUUCCGCAGCGGAAGGGUGGUACGUUGAAGGAGUCGGGGGCUGAGGCCGACGGGUCUCAGCAGGAGGAGAAUAAUGCAGAGGAGGAAGAGGAGGAGGCGUUGGAGCAGGCUCAGGAGGUUACUGAUGAGGCUGUUGAAGAAGCCCAGCAGGCUGCAGAGGAGCCUGAUCAAGCUAUGGCGGAGGCACCUGUGGAGGGCAAGUGA